CCACUAAUGAUUUUAUAUUCAAUACAUUGAAACAGUGACUAGAAAUGGCUUUGGGUGGAGGUGGACCACAAAGGGGGACUGCUGCAGCAGCUGCUGCUAACCUGCGUCGAAGGAAGACCGCUGGUGGUGGUGGAGCUGCAGGAGGAGCAGGUGGUACCAUGCUCCAAUUCUACACUGACGAUUCCCCUGGACUCAAGAUAUCCCCCAACGUUGUGCUUGUGAUGAGUAUUGGCUUCAUAGCCUUUGUCGCAAUCCUUCAUGUCAUGGGUAAGCUCUACUUUGUCCGCAGAGAGGCCUAGAGAAAUUAAGACACCUCAUUGCUGACUUGGGAAAGUUUUGUUGGGCAACAGUGUUCUUCCUUGAAGGAAAACUGGCAUUGUAGUUUUAUUUUCUUUAUGUUCGUCUAUGUAAUGAAGUUUAUAGAAAAGUUCUCUAGUUAUGAGUUUACUGUUUCUUGUGCUA